AUGACGUCUAUUCUCUUUUCUUCAUAUCUUCAAGGCUUCUCGAAGCCAUCUCCGACGCUCGACCCAUCGGGGCCGCUCCAAGCCGCUCGUGCAAAACUCCACAUUGUUCUUAGCACUAAGAAAAUGAUUGACGCGGAUGUUAGACGAAUAUUUGAAGUAAACCUGAUUGGCACGUUCAACUCUUACACGCUUGCUGCAAAGCAGAUGAUUGCUCAAGGCCCCGUUGACGCAGAAGGAAGCCAUCAAUGGACAUAUAAGAUUAUCGGCGCAUCCUCCAUCGUGGCUUUCCAGCCAUACCCACUUGCGAGUUACUAUAGCGUUGUAAAGAGCGCCAUUCGUGUCUUCACCAAUACGUUUGCCAUGGAAAUGGCAAAGCACAAGAUCGCUGUCAACGCCUAUGCACCAGGGGUUAUUGACACAACCAUGUGGGAUGAGAUCGAUGACGAGUUGGCUGAAGUUCAGAGAGCACUUAUGGGUAGACUAGGCACCCCGGAUGAUGUGGCCAUGGUGGUGAGCUUUUUGGCCGGUCCAGAUUCAGCAUUUGUGAAUGGGCAGACACUGGUUGUAGAUGGGGGUAUAGUCAUGACCUAG